AUUUUUUGCUCUGUCGUCAAUUCUCGUCACUUCUCAGUUAGUUGACAAAAAAAGGUACAACAAACCUUUGUCACCGAGUUAUUUGAGAUAAAAUUGCGCCAAUAUUAGUUACUGCAUCACUCUGUAGUUUUUUGGAUAUUCCGCAUUCUAUAUUUUACAAACAGAACGAAUCGGCGAUAAAACUCUUGUCUUUCAAAUUAAGAAAUUAUCAGUAAAAUAUAAUGACUACACUACUAAUUCUGCUUAUCUUGACUGUUUUAUUUUUUGGUCUAAAGUUGCUACAGACACGACGAAAUUAUCCACCAGGUCCUUUUUCUUGGCCACUGAUUGGAAAUGUGUUGUAUGUGCGCAAACUGACCAAAGAACUCGGUGCGCAAUAUCUUGCUUUUGAAUAUCUCAGCAAGAAAUACAAGAGUAAUGUAAUAAGUUUGCAAUUGGGUGAUAAUGUAGUAGUUAUCAAUGAUUCCAAGCUUAUGCACAUUUUGAUGCAAAAAAACGAGUUUAACGCACGUCCGUGGAACACAAUGUCCAAGCUGCGAAACAUGGGAAUGAAGAAGGGUCUCACGAUGAACGUCGGUUCCGAGCACAAAGAAUUGCGCGCGUGGUCUUUACGUACAAUGCGACACAUCGGAUACGGCCAACGGACGAUGAAUGAUUUUCUUCUGAACCAACUUCAAAUCAUCUUAAACAAAUUGAAAGAGGGAAAUGUACGAUGUAUGAAACCCGUAAUUGCAGCUGCCACAAUCAACACGCUCUGGUUGUUGAUCGCGGGAAAACAGAUUUUUGACAGCGACAAGAGAUUGCAGUCAUUUUUGCAUUUAAUAGAAUGUCGCGCGAAAACGUUAGACAUGUCCGGUGGAAUUAUGUCGUCAUUCCCCUGGUUAUGUUACAUCGCACCCAAUAUGACAGGAUACAACAUUGUAUUGGAAUUGAAUGAAAAGCUCAGGGAUCUUUUAAUGGACUUUAUUAAUAAACACAAAGAGCGAUAUCAAUACGGAAGCGAGACGGACUUUAUCGAUUGGUUUCUUCGCGAGAUGUCGGAGCACGACAAGAAUGACUCUGUGUUCGAGGAUAACAAUCUGCUUCUCAUCUUGGUGGACUUUUUUAUCGCCGGAAUUGGCACGACACCGCCGGCUUUAGAGUUCUUAUUUUUAGAAAUGGCUAAUCACCAGGAUGCACAGCUCAAACUGCACGAGGAAAUCGAUCGAAUGAUCGGUCCCGACAGAUUUCCCGAUAUGACCGACAGAAGUAAAAUGAAUUAUACCGAAGCUGUAAUAAUCGAGUGCAUUAGAAAAUGGAAAAUUUUUCCGAUGAUAAAUCGAGAAACGGUCAAGGACACAAUAAUCGAGGGCUACAAAGUACCGCGGGGUACAGCGGUAUACUUCAACACAGCUUCUUUCAACCACGACGCGACGCUAUUUCCCGAUCCGAUGUCGUUCAAGCCCGAAAGGUUUUUGAAGGACGGUAUUUUUCAAGUAAAUGAAAACUUAAUGUUAUUUGGAAAAGGAAAACGACGAUGUCCUGGAGAAAUACUCGCCAGAUCGGCGCUGUUUUUUUUCUUUGUUGGCGUGAUGCAAAAGUAUCGGGUUCUUCCGCCGAACAAUGAAGAUUCUAUUAAAAUAGAAGUGAACGUAGGAUUGACGAUCAAUCCGAAGCCGUAUGAACUGCUAAUCGUUCCACGAUGACUUCGUUUAUAGUAACCGAGUAAAUGUAUACUAUACAAGUUAAUGUUCUAAACAUUCUUAACAUAGCAAAUUUUUGAGUGAUAAGUGUUUUGUAGACAUUUAAGGUAAAAAAUAAAAAUAAU